AUGAGCAUCGGCUGCGAACGCGUCCGUCUACAUCUUUGGUUCGCAAUGCUCAGCAGUACAGUCGUCAUCACAAUGCGUCAUGUCUUGAUCGUCGCUUUUCCUCCCACGAGCUCUUCCCGAGACCUGUGUAUGACGUUUCCGAGGGUCGAUCCGACAGUCGAUGAUAGACGUCAAAGGCGUGAUCGCCCUUUUGACUCGCCCUCUAUGACCAUCAUCCUUGCGCGUCUCUCGUUCUUCACGGUUUCGGCUGUCCGACGCCUCAAAGCGUUGGCGCUUGCCCUCACGAUAGCAAAGAUUGCUGUACGCGCCGCUCCAAGAGUCCCGGAGACUCGGAACCGGUGCUUGGGCUUCGAGACAUGCAUCGUCUCGUGUGUCUCGCCGGAUGGGAUUGUUAAUGCAGGUUAUUCAUCUGCGCCAUUGGUUGCGCUGACAUCGCUGGCAUACAGACCGUCGCCAGUCUCAAUCGCGAAAUGUGGCUCCUUCGGUACACUGAAAAUCAAACAAGACCCGACAAUUGUGUCGCCGCGGCUCAUAUGCAACGUUGAUGGCAGUUCGUCAAGCCCUUCGGAGCGCAAGUAUCGCAUGGAGGGACUCUGGUCAAUGCCAUUUGCAGACAGUGGAUCUUUCGCACGUAAAGUCGCUCGUCGUCAGUGUGAUACCCGAUCUGAAUGGCGCAAACAGCAAUACUACAUACUUGCUGUGCCGUUGAGCACCAUUUCGCAGUCGAUCUUGACGUCAUGA